GAGGACUCAAAUCAACACCUCACAACACACAGCAGCCCUCACACAUUCACAAUGGCCGCUGCAGACGUUGCAAGCAAGAAGCGCAAGGGCGCAUUGGACGCUGCGCCCAAGGCGAAGAAGCCCAGAAAAUCGGACGACAUUGCUGCCCCCACAAAGCCCGCCAAAUCUCCCAAAGUUGCCAAAGCUGCGCCCGCACCUGCUGCUGAGAAGCCCGCGAAGAAGUCUGCGCGCAAGCAAGCCGAAGACUUUUUCUCUGACAACGAGGCCCUCGCAGCGAAGCCCACGAAAGCUACCAAGGGAAAGAAGAAGGCCGAGCCUGUUCCCGAGGCCAAUGGUGAUGAGGACGAGAGCAUGCUCGACUUUGACGUGAUCGAGGCGAAGAAGGAUACACCCAAGAAGGAGGCACCGAAAGCAAAGGCUACCAAGGCGAAGAAGGGCAAGAAGGAGCCCGUAGCAGAACCCAAGCCCGUCGAGGAGGAGGAGGAGGAGGAGGAGGAGGUCGUCGAGGCACCCAAGGCUAAGGCCACAAAGGCGAAGAAGGGAAAGGCGGCGCAGGAGGAGCCAGUAGAGGAGGUUGCUGAGGUCGACGCGGUCAUCACCGAGGAUGGCGAUGUCGAGGAUGCAGCAGAGGAGGACGACCAGACGGCCGCGCUCCUCGCCGGCUUUGGUAGCGACGACAGCGAUAGCGAGAACGAUGUCGACUUCCCCGAAGACUCAGCCGUCGUCCCCAAGCUCACAAAGUCGCAAAAGAAAGCCAUCGCCAAAGCCAAAGACACACCCAAGGCCACCGAGCCAGGCGUGGUCUAUAUAGGUCGCGUCCCCCGAGGCUUCUUCGAGCCCCAAAUGAAAAAGUACUUCGCGCAAUUCGGCCGCGUUCUCAACCUGCGCCUAUCCCGCAACAAGAAAACUGGCGCCUCCAAGCACUACGCCUUCGUCGAAUUCGCGUCCGCCGAAGUCGCCGACAUCGUCGCCCGCACAAUGAACAACUACCUCAUGUUCGGCCACAUCCUCAAGUGCGCGCUGAUCCCCAAGGAGCAGGUGCACGAGAACCUGUUCAAGGGGGCGGGGACCAGGUUCAAGGUUGACCCACGGAAUAAGAAGGCUGGGUUGGCCAUGGAGAGGGGCGCGGAGCGCGAGGUAUGGGAGAAGAGGGUGCAGAAUGAGAACAAGCGCCGGAGUGGGAGGAAUAAGGCGCUGAAGGAGGAGUUUGGGUAUGAGUUCGCUGCGCCCAGCGUGAAGGCUGUGAAGGAUGUGAAAGCCGGAAAGCAGCUCGAGAUUGAAGCGAGCGAGCCCCAGCAGUUGUUGACCGAGACAGCGGCGCCGACCGAGGCGAAGGGCAAGAAGGGCAAGAAGACCGCGAAGGCCGCGGAGCCUGAGCCCGUUGCUGAGGAGAAGGUCGAAGCCGCACCCAAGGCGACGGCGAAGAAGCCUGCUGCUGCUGCCCCGAAGGCGAAGAAGGCGAAGAAGGCUAAGGCUUAGAAUCCUGACCCUUAUACCGCUGGAGAGUACGCGAGAGAGUGGCUAUGCGAGCGAGUGGCUUCGACGUGUAUAGCUACCUCAGUAUCUUGUUCCUGUCAUGCGUGUUUCCACGGAUACCAUAG